CCGCCUGGAAUUCUGGUACCCGAGAUCGACGCACUCACGACCGUUCUCAAGAACGCCGUCUUUAAGACAGGCCAGAUAUACGCCUUCCACGCUGAUUCGCACAGACUUGGUUUGCGCAAAUAUGCACCGCACCCGCCCCGCGAUUUAGCAGCUUCCCUUGGUCACGAACUACAAAAGUACGAUCAACUGUGCGAUGCUAUCGAAAUACGUGUGCUGCACGCCAUAUCUGUCCUGAAACGAGACUUGGCCCGUGAGGAGUAUCGCACCAGACAGGCGGAAAUCGCUGCUAUAGCAGCCCAGGCGCCGCCGCCUGACACGGGCUCAAUCACAGCGGAUACUACCAUGCAGCCCCCUCCCACACCUAUACACGGACCCGCUCAGGGCCCUACCCCUUCCCGCCGCCAAUCCGCAAUCUCCUUGUCUUCACUUCACAGACAACCCUUUCCCCUCAAAUUGGACUUGUCAUCGUCGUCCAUGCACAUGUCAGCCGAAGAAGCUGCUCUUUAUUCCAAGGGUCUUCUCGCUUCUCCAGUAUCACUCGCACCUAAGUCAGCACGGCCAACCGGUACCAGCGACAUCGACUUGAUGGCUGCAUUUGCCUCCGCUACCGCAGCCGGUGCGUCGCAGCACGUGGAUAUCGACUUAACCGUGGAUGACAGUCCUCCCACCAUGAUGUCAAGAAUUAAUGCUUCCCUGGGUAGCUCCGCUGACAAGCCAAUCGAACUCGACUUGGAGGGUAUCGACAUGAAUAUGCCAAGCAUGACAGAUUUAUUUGGAGACGGUCCAGAAUCGAGCUCGGGAGACGGACAGACGGGUAUGGAUGGUCUGUUCACACCCACCACCACCGAAGCUGGAGGUGACGUGCAUCCUAAGGAUGCGAGAUCAAGCAAUGCCGUGGGCAUGGGAAUCCUCGAUGCCUUAACCGCCGAAAGCAGUAAUCAUGGAUCAAACUUGUUUGAAACUAUUCAGAGAGGCUCCAGUGGCCAAAUGAACGACGGCGGCCAACAGGCAGCGCAUGGAAGUGACUCU